AUGACACCCCUGAGAUGCAUAACAUCCCUUCGCACACAGACAGAUCGCUGUAGAAGGGGCUUCGGUGUCUGUGCUGCUGAGAAGCAUGAGACAUGCGUGAUCUUAAAGACCUUCCAGGAUAACAUCCUCCAGUUAUCAUAUAUGGUGUGUCAGAGAUUCUGCAGAGAAUUGACAUACGAUCUCAACGGAACUUAUGUUCAUACAUGCUGCAACUACAAUUAUUGUAACUUCAAAAAUCUAAAAUAUUUUUUCUCCAAAGUUGUCCCUUUAAAAUGUUAUUGAUGUUUCUCUGCCUUCACAGUCUGCCUGCCCUUGCUUUUCUGCCCUGUCUGUCCUGGAAGGACCCCAGCUCUCUCUGUAAUUCAGUGUUAUCCUUCCUGGUGCCUCAAGCUUGGUUCCUACCUCAGUCGGAGGAUAAUGAUUCUGAACAACAGAUUUCUCCCAUUACAGGGUCUGGCAUUUCUGUACUUCAGGAGGCCUCCCCCAAGAGGCCCAGUAGAAAACUUUAAAACAAGACCAUUCUAGAUCCUUGUGAUUAUCUUAGAGAGUGGAGGUGGACUAGAAAUUCUUAUUAUGGCUAUAAUUAAGCAGAAAUAGCAACAAAACAGAUGGUGGACACUCAAGAUUUUCCUCUAUUGGCAAAAAGUUAUUUUCCCCCGUGGACAGUGUCCAUCUCACACUCAGUCAUGAUUUUCUUAGCAUUUACAUGGUGUCUCCAUAUACAAUGUAAGAAACAGCAAAUAAAGAAUUUCCUGCCUCUGUGACAUUCACAGUUCACACAUAGCCACUUCUAGGCCUGUCAAGAUGUACAUUCAAGAUAUAUUACAACUCUCAUUUCUUCCUAUUCCUCUUCUAGUCUUCUCAAUUCCUUUCCUCUUUUGCCACCCACCUCUACUCUGACCUCCCCGGCAAUGAACACAAUGACUAUACAAAUUCUCCCUCUUCUGAAUACCCAAGUCACUUUAUGGGUACUUUUUUUUUUUUGACACUCUUUCACAAAAAUGAAUCAUUUCUCUGUUUGUCUAAUUUGCCCUAGUAUGUUAUAAAUCACAGCUAGAACAUGUGCCUUGUUUUAUUCAUCUCUAUUGCCUUUAGCUGGCCAAUUAAACUUUAUUGUGUUUAACUGAACAGCCAGUAAAGUUGAUGGAAUUUUUCUUGUCCAUCUGUUUAGCGUGACUUUUCUGGUUUUUUACCUAUUUUGUUGAGUGUACUGGGAAUGGUAACCUCUACUCCCUACCAGACAUAGAACUUUCACUCCAGUGCCAACAUACCAUGUGUUUUUCUCAAAGAGAUUAUGAAAAGGACAUUUCUUAUUAUGGGACCCUCCACUAUUCAAAUAUAUUAACUAAAAAAAAUUUUUUUUUGAUGGGAUUCUUGUAAAACUGAAUAGCUAAUCUUACUUCAAAAUUCAAAAUCAAUACUUUAUUAUAUCAAGUAUGAAAUAGGCCUGGAAGUUUAGAAAGGGUAAUCUGGCCCAACCCUUGGAAAUAUCUGAAAGCACAUGUUUUCCUAGUUUUAAUGAUGUCAGGAUUGAUCACAUAAAUUUGCUUGUUCUCAGGCUUAUCUAUACCAUCUAAAGUUUCCCUUCAAUCUUUCAUCUAACAGAUUUUAGCCCUAUUGAUUAUUGUUAACAAGAUCUGUUAUUCAUUAUGAGUUGAAUAAUAAUCUUAGUUGAAGUAUAAUUCAUAUAUAAUAAAAUGCACAUAUUUUAAAUAUACAGUUUGAUGUGAUUUGAAAAAUGUAUAAACCUACAUAACCACCAUCUCAUUUAAAACAUAGAAUAUUUUUAUCACCUUAGUAAGUUUCUUCAGGUAACAAUCCACUCCCAAAAGUAUUAUUCUAACUUCUAUCACCAUAGAACUAAUUUUAUUUUACCUGUUCUUUUUUUUUGGCUGCGUUGGGUCUUCAUUGCUGCG